AAGUGCCUAUCAUGGUUGUAUAAUAAUUAUAUUGGAUCAUAAUUCAUAGUACCUACUUAUUACAAAUAUAUAUUAAACUAUUCAAAUAAUAGAUUAUGAGAAGAAGGGGAGAAUAAAACUAUUCUGAACCUAGUUUCAGUGGCUCAUUCUAAAAAAUAUUCUGGACAUACCACUAUACAACUUCAUGCAGGGUUAUAGAUAUUUCAGAUAUUAGGACUUUUUAGCUAGUAGUCAGUGUCAGUCAAGAUAAGAAGUACAUACACGAUGAACGAAUCAAAACUCGUUUGAGUAAAAAUCAAUAUUUUAUUGGAUUACAAAAAUUUGUGUACGCAAUAUUCGUGGGUGAAUAAAGAAGUAGAGAAGAACAAAAUGAAGUCCAUUUCAUUCGCCGGCGUUGUUUUUUGUGCCUUAGCAAUCUCACAACAAACUUGGUCAUCGGAAAUCCUGGUCAUAUUCCCGACGACCGCUCAGAGUCAUUACCGUGUCAUCCGACCACUAAUUCACAGCUUAUUGGAUCGCGGACACAAAAUAUUAGCGAUUACGAAUUUUCCGGAUACCGUGGAAAGAGCCAAUUUAUCACACAUCGACAUUACCGGAUUGAAACCGCACUCGAAGUUCAAGACCACCGGUGAUUACGGAAUUAUUAAGAUGAUAUCACGCAUAUCGAAAAACGCCCACACAUACGCGACUAUUCUCAAUCAUCCGCCAGUUGUUAAACUAUUACAGUCCGGUCGAAAAUUCGACUUGGUGAUUGCCGAAUUCUUUACAUCUACACCAAUAUUUGCACCGAUCGCCGCAGCUGUGGACGCACCGAUUGUCGGUUUUUGUCCAAUGAUCUCAUUUCCGUGGAUACACGAAGUGAUGGGAAUGGAGACGACCAUGUCUUACAUGCCUUCUCUUAUCAGUGCUUCCGGGAAUCAUAUGUCAUUUUUCCAGCGAAUCAGUAAUACUUUAAAUUCGGUAGUCAUCGACAUUGGGUUUAAUUGGAUCUACACCCGUGUAAUUCGAGACAUUAUCAAACAUCAUUACGGCAUAGAAACAGAAUCAGUAAUAAAAUCGAUGGCUAAUUUAAGCAUGAUUAUGACAAACAAUUAUCAUAGCGUAUUUUUAUCCUAUCCCACACUACCCGGAAUCGUCGAGGUUGGCGGUAUUCACGUAAUCGAUGAAAAACCUGUCCCGCAAGACUUGAACGAUUUUAUAAAUAAUGCAGAUCACGGUGUGAUUUUAUUCAGUUUGGGCUCUAUCGUGUCAGAAGAAUCGUUGGGCACCGAUAAACUAUAUAAUAUACUCGACGCGUUUACGAAACUUAAACAAAGAGUCAUCAUGAAAUUCGAUAUUGAAAAACGCAAUAUACAGUUACCAGUGAAUGUAAAAGUGGUCAAAUGGUUUCCACAGCGAGAUCUUUUAGCGCACCCAAAGGUAUUAUUAUUUAUAACGCAUGCUGGUAUGAUGAGUGUAAUAGAAACAAUACAUUGUGGUAAACCAAUAGUAGCUAUACCGAUAUUUGGCGAUCAAAUUUUUAAUUCUCAUUUGUUGGUUGAAAAACAAGUGGCUGUCAUUUUAGAAUACAAACAUUUGGAGAGUGAUCAGCUUUUCAAUGCUAUUAAUGAAGCAUUGACCGAGAAAUAUAUAAUUAACAUGAAAAAAUUGCAACAGUUGUAUAAUGAUCGACCGCAUUCACCUCUCGAAACAGCAGUAUACUGGACCGAGUAUAUAACAAGAAAUAAGAACGAAUCGAAAGAACUGUUAAAAAGCCAAAAAAUUCACUUAAAUUUGCAUCAAUCGUAUUUAAUUGAUGUAUUUACUGUUCUUCUCCUCCCACUUAUUAUAGCGAUAUAUAUUACAUUAUGGACAAUGAAACGUCUAAGGUAGCAUUAAGUUAGUGAAUUAUCACCAAUUGUUUUAAAGGGGUGCGAUUUUCUGGUUGUUAUUUUUUUAAUGUACGAUAAAAAUUCAAUUUCAUGCCUAUUCUAGUCUAUUUAAGUGAAAAAUCAAUUCUAAAUUUUUUUUACAGCUUGAGACCGCUAUAAGAAAUUAAAAGAUACUCAACACAUACAUUUUUUUUGAUACCUACCUUGUUGAAGUUCGAACUGUUUUGGAAUAACUACCUUUCCAUGUACCUAUAUAAAAUAUAGAUAUUCGUCUUAGUGAUUGGACGCAAAGAAAGAAAACCUUAAAAAUAAAUCAACAUACAAAUAUACUUAUGCUAUAUAUGUACUAAAAAUGACAAAAUUACGUACCUACUACCUGUCUAUCUACACCUACUACUUGGAUCUAAAAUCUACCAAUACUCUAAAAAUUUGUUGAUUACAGUCAAUUUACAGAACUAU